CCUAUGGGUUUAACAAAUGAAAUUCCCACCUCUACGCAUUUACGCGAAUUUAAAUAUUUGUCCACUCCGCAAAACACCUGAGCAAAUCUUGAUCUUUGAAUCGGCUUGACUCCAACCACUUUUCACCAGCUCAUAAGAAUAUGAUUUAGUCGCAUAUCUAUGGUCGUCCAAAAUGGUCUCUUUGCGGUUUAUUUUGCUGUUGCUGGCACCGUACUAUUUCCUGGAUGGAGUUUCGGCUGUGACCUGUGACCUUGCCCCCACGGAUGCCAGCUGCAUAGACUGUCGGGUUUACCCCACCCACAUCGAGUGCUUGCAGCGACUUUGGGCUCCAGCCACCACUGCAGCCCCACUGAUCGUGGCCACCACCAGGAGAUCCCGAGUCGGCAGGAUUCGCAACUUCUUCAGUAGUUUCCUUACACGGGUCAGAAGUAAGAGUUGGUUCUGAGAAAUAAAAGAUG